GAUAUCACAGCCGGACAGCCGGAGCAGACAGACGCCUACCUCACCAUUGUCAAGUAGGUACUUUAGAUGGACAUAUGUAGCCUAUGAUGACCUCGUUAUCCCUAGAUGCUGAUCGAAGUGCAUGUCAGGUGUAUGUUUUUCUCUAAUGAGCUGAGGUAGGGGGUAGAUCUGCAACACUUAUAAGACGUCUGUUUCCAUCCUAAAUGUUCACUGUAUGUGUUUGCUGGCUUUGCUUUGUCGUCAGUCGUCUCAGUGGAGAUGAUGGAACACAGUUUCUCCCUGCCGUUGUGAAGCAUUUCUCACGUUUGGGUAAAACUUUCCAGGUGAGUGCAUGCUUUAUGUGAAUAAUAUUUAUAAAGCAAAAAAAACAUUUAAAGCUUUCAUUGACUAAAGGAUUGUCAUGUUGUGAUGUUGUUUUAGACUCAUAUCUCCAGUCAGAAUGCAGAGCUGAGCCAGGCAGCACUGCAGGCCCUGGGGUUCUGUGUGUUCCAUGCGAACGUCGUCUCGGCUAUCCCAGGUACUGAACAAGUAGAAUACUUCAUAGGUUUACAUGGGACUGGUUUACCUGACAGAUAAGCCUAGACUUUGUUCUGGAAACAAGCCUUGUAAGAAUGGAGAUCGCAUAAUUUGAAACAGGGUUUUCUUUGGCUUUCUCUUUCUCCAGCUAAUUUAGCAGAGGAGCUACUGUCAGCACUUUCCUCUCUGGUGGUGAAGUCUACAGACAAGAACACAUGCACCAGAGCAUUAUGGGUAAUCUCCAAACAGAACUUCACUCCAGAGGUGGUGGCCGAGAUGGUUCCAGAGAUCCUGAGGACCCUGGAGUGUAUACGGACUAGAGAAGACAUCCAGUCUGUUGUCAUGGAGCACGAGUCGUUGAACGUUAUCAUAAGGUAAACAAAACCACCCACUCAUGUACUCUCCUGCCUUGUAAACAAUAGCUUUGAUUGGCUAUAUGACCCUCAUUUAGGAAUGCACAAUUGAAUGGUUCAGUGUGAUAACCCUGACACUAAGCAGAUUGUUAUUGUAGUCUACCUUGGUUAACGCUCUGUCUCUGUUUUGGAUAGUGCUCAAAGCUCUCGGGGCUGGAAAAUACUGUCCUGACAGUAUUUCAGUGAUCAUCAGCUCUUUCUCUGUCUUGACCCUCCUCUGUAUGUGGGUAGGUUGCUGGACCAGGCCCCAGCCCAGAUGGGUGAGGGUGCAGUGCAGUGGGCCAAGCUGGUCAUCCCUCUGGUGGUCCACUCAGCCUCUAAGGUGCGCCUGCGGGCGGCAGCAGCCCUAGAGAUGGGUCUACCUCUACUAAUGGAGAAGCAGAAGGAGGUGGCAGCCAUCAUAGAACCCAUCAUGUCCUCAGUAAGUGUCUUUAUACUCCCUACCAGAGCCAUGUAUUUAGAUGAUUAUAUCUAAAUAAUGUUACUGCUCUCUGUCUGCCACUAACACACACUUACAAUACAAUGAGUGCAAGUCUUUUGAUGCUCAUUUCUUCACGAUCUGACAGUUGUUCUUGUUUUGCUCCAGAAACUCAUCCCAGAGCUCCAGAAACUGUUCUCUACGAAGAACGAGACCAAUGUUCUGAAACUCUGGCCGUUGUUUGUUAGGCUCCUAGGGAAGGUGAGGCUGCAUGGUUUGAAUCCUCAGGAGAUGCUUACAUGUCAGGCUCUCAGGAGUGUAAUGAAUCAUUGCGUAACAUCCAUUUGAUUGGUUCCUCCCUACCUUGUGUCUCGGAGCGUUGGGAUAAAGGGGAAAUACACGUUUCAGCGUCUGACAGUUGACAGUCAUUGUCUUUCGCCUGCUCCCCCAGCUGCUCCAUAGAGGUGGUCCCUUCAUCAACUCCCUGCUUGGCCUGGAGGAACUGGGCUUCCGUAGCUCCUCCCCCAACAUCAAGAAGAUCGCCUUCAUCGCCUGGAAGAGCCUCAUAGACAACUUCGCCCUCAACCCAGGUGGGAAACGCACAAUACAACAGUGUGCCAUUCAUUACUUCUUCAAGUCUUUUUGACCGGUUGCUUCUUUUAGACAGAACUUAAUGGAGGGCUGUACGACAGAAAGUGUGUGGCUAACUAAAUGCUCUUGUUAACAUCCACUCUCUCCAUGCACUCUUUGCUGUAGAGAACACUUACUCUGAUUAGAGUAGACUGUAUACUCUAUUCAGAGUGUCAGAUUGUUUGCAAACUGAUUCACUGACCCGUCCCGUGCUGUAGAGAUCCUGUGCAGUGCCAAGCGUCUAAAGCUGCUGAUGCAGCCCCUCAGCUCCAUCCAGGUGAGGACUGAGGCCCUCCUGCUCACCAAGCUGGAGGUCUGGUGGUAUCUGGUGGUCAAACUGGGAGCCAACCUGCCUGCACACUUUGAACAGGUAUGAAAAGGGUUUUAAUUUGUAUUGGUUUGUUAUUAUGUGUCUGUUUUAAUGUGUUUGUGGAAAAAUAGUGUUUUGUUACGUUUAUGCUGGACUACCAAAUGUGGCUUAAUGAUGUAUUCAGAUUCCGAGCAGGAUUUGUUAAUAAGGAAUGAUGAUCAAGUUAAUAAAUUAGGCCUAUUAUAACAUUUUAUUGAGAUGAAGUUUGAGAUUCGAUCUUGUCAUAACAGUUGUAAUCUUGUGUGUGUGGUGCAUGGAGCGUGAUCAUCGCCAAAUUGUUGUUUUGUGAUUGGAUAUGGCCUGCUCAAGCAAUCUUGUGUUGCUGACCAAUAGUCUCGGUGUGUUUUCAGGUUGGUGUUCCUCUGCUCCAGUGCACCCUGGGCACUGACUCGGCCUUCCCAGCUACUCCUGCCUGGAGCUCCAUUCAGAGCAGUGCUGUGGGCACCACUACACCUAAAACUGGUAGUCUUACUGUGGGGACCACUACACCUACAACUAGUUAUGUCUUACUGUGGGGACCACUACACCUACAACUAGUAAUGUCUUACUGUGGGGACCACUACACCUACAACUGGUAGUCUUACUGUGGGGACCACUACACCUACAACUAGUUAUUCUUACUGUGGGGACCACUACACUACAACUAACUUACUGUGGACCACUACACUACACUGUAUGUCUUACUGUGGGGACCACUACACCUACAACUGUAGUCUUACUGUGGGGACCACUACACCUACAACUAGUAUGUCUUACUGUGGGGACCACUACCCCUACAAAGUAUGUCUUACUGUGGGGACCACUACACUACAAACUAGUCCCACUACCUACAACUAGUAAUGUCUUACUGUGGGGACCACUACACCUACAACUAGUAAUGUCUUACUGUGGGGACCACUACACCUACAACUAGUAAUGUCUUACUGUGGGGACCACUACACCUACAACUAGUAAUGUCUUACUGUGGGGACCACUACACCUACAACUAGUAAUGUCUUACUGUGGGGACCACUACACCUAAACCUACAACUAGUAAUGUCUUACUGUGGGGACCACUACACCUACAACUAGUUAAUGUCUUACUGUGGGGACCACUACACCUACAACUAGUUAUGUCUUACUGUGGGGACCACUACACCUACAACUAGUUAUGUCUUACUGUGGGGACCACUACACCUACAACUAGUUAUGUCUUACUGUGGGGACCACUACACCUACAACUAGUAAUGUCUUACUGUGGGGACCACUACACCUACAACUAGUUAUGUCUUACUGUGGGGACCACUACACCUACAACUAGUAAUUGUCUUACUGUGGGGACCACUACACCUACAACUAGUUAUGUCUUACUGUGGGGACCACUACACCUACAACUAGUAUUGUCUUACUGUGGGGACCACUACACCUACAACUAGUUAAUGUCUUACUGUGGGGGACCACUACACCUACAACUAGUAAUGUCUUACUGUGGGGACCACCUACACCUACAACUAGUAAUGUCUUACUGUGGGGACCACUACACCUACAACUAGUAUGUCUUACUGUGGGGACCACUACACCUACAACUAGUAAUGUCUUACUGUGGGGACCACUACACCUACAACUAGUAAUGUCUUACUGUGGGGACCACUACACCUACAACUAGUAUUGUCUUACUGUGGGGACCACUACACUACAACUAGUAAUGUCUUACUGUGGGGACCACUACACCUACAACUAGUAUGUCUUACUGUGGGGACCACUACACCUACAACUAGUUAUGUCUACUGUGGGGACCACUACACCUACAACUAGUUAUGUCUUACUAUCUUCCUCCAUUGUCUUGUCUCUUCGCUAAUAUUAUGAAGAUUGAUUGCUUCUAGCUGUUGGUUUUCAUAAUUUGCACACAUGCAUGUGUGACAUAUCAGUAUGUAAUUUCAGUAUAUAAUUCUCUUUACCUAGAAUAUAGAAAAGCUCUCUUUGAAUGGUAAUCUUGGAUUUACCUGAAAAGUGCCACCAGAGAAUUGUGGAAAUGUUGGAUGUAAAAAUGUCCUAAAUGUCACCUUUGUUAAUUGACGAUAACUGAAUUUGUCCCCCUUUAUUGCUCUGCCCCCCGCCCCACCAGGUGCCCCAGCGUUCUCGAGCCCUACGGUGAUGCCCCGUCUGAGCCUGAACUGCAGUGUGGUGGCAGGCCAGGCCUACCCCUCUAUACAACUGCUGGGAUUAGAGAUGCUGCUGCAUUACUUCCUAGGGUCAGAGGUCACUGCCGCCGCUGCCAAGAACAAACUGACGCUCAGCCUGGGUGAGAGACGCGUGGUUGUUUUACCUACUUUAGUUGAAUGCACUGAACUAAGUCGCUCUAGUUAAGAGCUAAAUUAUUCAAAUGUAACGCUAUCACAGCCUCUGUCGCUACUCAGUGAUGCUGUUUGUAAAUGUUAAAUUCUUUGCCAGGUGAACCUGUGACUGGGUGUAGAAAAUAUUUAAUCCACGUCAAGUCACCAAUUUAUUUUACGUGCAUUUCACAAGUGUCAACACACUACACAGAAACCCAUAUUUGUAUUACAGCAGGAUGACAUGCCUUUCACAUAUGCCAAUACCUUUACAGUAAACUGUAUUUAUGCGUCAGAUAAAUAUGUUCCAAUUGGAACCUGCUUGCCUGGUUCUCUGAAAUGACUGACUCCUUUGUAUUGUUUUGGCAGAACCUCUGAUUCACCCCUUCCUGUCCAGCCCCCCCUCCUUCACCAAGUACGCCUCUCUGCUCAUCUCCAUGGUCCGCGACAGCUUCAUCUGCAUCGGCAAAGACGCCCCAGGUACCUACCUGCCCUCAAGUAAAUCACUGCAACUGACAUUAGCAUAGGCUCUAUGGCAGCCAUAAUGGCUCUAUUUCGGCCAUUUUGGCUCCUGUACAGUAGAGCCAUUGUAUGUAGUCUCAAACACACGUUCAGAACCUGCCUCAGAGUGUGUAGUAGUUUAUUCCUCUGCCUGUCAGCUAGUCAGGAAGAGGGCACACAUCACCUGUAGUCCAGUUAGGAAAAAUGUAGGCCUAACUUCCUUCCACUAUGAAUUCUAUUCAGCUGGCCUUCCUCUAGGAGCAGAGGCGCCGGCCUCCAAAAAUGUGUUUGUUACUGCUCAGUGCUCUCUCCACGAGUGGCGCAGUGGUCUAAGGCACUGCAUCGCAGUGCUAGCUGUGCCACUAGAGGUUCGAAUCCAGGCUCUGUCGUAGUCUGCCGCGACCGGGAGACCCAUGGUGCGGCGCACAAUUGGCCCAGCGUCGUCCAGGGUAUGGGAGGGAAUGGCUGGCAGGGAUGUAGCUCAGUUGGUAGAGCAUGGUGUUUGCAACGCCAGGGUUGUGGGUUCGAUUCCCACGGGGGGUCCAGUAUGAAAAAUAAAUUAAAUAAUGUAUGCACUCACUAACUAAGUGGCUCUGGAUAAGAGCGUCUGCUAAAUGACGUAAAUGUAAAAAUGAUAGGAUAGCUCUGGCUUGACUUGCUGGCUUAGAGGGGCUCCCUCACAUGGACUAGUAAUUGGAAACAGGUUCUGAGAGUCGCUACAGGGGAGUUGGAAGGAAGGAACAAUUGUGUGUGUGUGUGUGUGUGUAGAAGUCCAUGCGUGGGGGGUUGAAUGACUGCCACUUCAUGUGGGGUGACUCGCGUGUUCUCUCUCUCCCCUGCAGAGGCCUUGCUUGCCCUUAUAUGGAAGAACCUUGUAAGUUUCGUAAGCACAACGAUUGAUGCUGGUAAGUACCAGCCAAAGUCAACCACAUCACAGCGUCACCCCCCACGUCACCCCUCUACCCCCCACUGAACAGAUUGCAUGCAGUAGAACAGUGGAGGGCCUGUUAGUGGUUAGUGGUUAGAGAGAGAGAAGAACCCACCACCACCACCAUGAUGUAAGCCUGCAGGUCAUCCAGGAAACUCUGUAACCUCACUCACUCGUCAGCUAGUUUCAGCCUUGGCUAACUCCUCAAACCUCUCCUAGAGUAUCCCCAGCCAUUCUACUUAUUUGAUGUUUUAUAGCACUGGCACAGCUAAUUCAACUAAUGAAGGGUUUAGUGAUUUAGUUGACCAGUGGAAGUGUGCUAUUACUGAAAUAUAGACUAGAUCCCCAAGCUGCCCCCACUCUGCUGGAUGAGGAAUGCCUUAGUUUAACCUCACUCCAUCUUCAUUUAGUUAGCAAAUAAUGUUCUGUUCUGUGGCUGCUGCCCAAUUGGACUGACCCUUCCAGCCAUGGGUCAGCCCUGGCGCCCCACACAGAGUACCACAGCUGGGCUUGGGUCCUGUCUGUCAGGGGGGAGAGCUGAGAGAGACAAGCCUCCCCCACCCCAGGUCCAACACCACUGUCAUCAGUUUAAGUCUGAGUGGACCUUCGCGUUUGGAACCACUGUGACGAGGAAUGAAAUCUGAGGGGCCAGUCCCCAGUGAUGACCAUUCAAAGAAAUUACAGAAAGGAUUUUCCAUGUUUUAGUUUCUCCUCUUCAAAAUGUGUUGGAUGAGAAAAUCCGAAGUCCCUCCCCUCUGACCUUUUCCUCCAAUGCGUUUUGAGGAGGUGGCACAGAGUGAGGCUUCGAGGAAUUGAGGAAAGGCGACUUGAGAAAGAGCCCUGGUGUCUUCAAACGACUGUCUCAUCCUGUCCCUUGUACCUUUGUGACAGCUGGCCAUAAGAAGGAGCGACAGGGCUCUGAAGUCCUCACCCUGCUACUGCAGGCGCUACAGAGCGUCAUCUCCUCAGAGGCCCUCCCUGCACACAGGGCUCUGGUAAGACCUGCCUCUCUACCCCUCUAUUAAACCUCUUCCAACCCUCAGAAUUAAAUGGAAUGUGUAUCUAUAUGCUCCAACCAGGUCUGAUUGUCUGCUGCUAGCCCAUGUUAGUAUGUCAUUCCCCUAAAACUCUCCUCUAAGCUUGUUUAACCCUUGUAUGCUUUCUUAUUUAUUUCUCUGUAUGCAGAGUCUGCUGGAAAUGACAGUGAAUGGGAUCCCUCCGAGGAUACUGGGAUCUGCCUCUUACCAAGUGGGCAAAAUGGAUAUUUUGAACGUGAGUGUCUGUAGCUACUCUCUUCCUGGUCAUUGGGUUACGUAACUUAUACAUUGAAAUACAAUCUGUCCAUCCAUUCGCUCCCUGCUAGUUCUGGCUCCAUCCUCUGUUGCACAUGAUAAAUCUGAAAUAAAUCGCACCUGUGAAAGCUGAAAUAAGAAGGUUCCUGAUGACUUGCCCUGAUGCCAUAGGGAUGCCAACCCUGUGACCUGCUCUAUAAAGAUGUCUUCUCUAGAUCACUGUGAAUUAACGUCCUGCAGUCUUUGAUGCAUGGGGCUCUUAGGAAAUCUCUGUGUUAGUCAAUUAGUGUUGUGGAUGCUGUGUGGUCCUGGGCCUGGUUUGGUUACUCUGCCAUCUCUGCCCCCAGGGAACCCCAGCUCUGUUCCUGAUUCUCCUGUUCUACAACAGCAGUCUAGUGGCAGGGUUCGUAGAAGAUGAGAGGUGGGUUUCCCCUUGACUGUAGUCUCUUCCUUUCCUCUGUCUAACCAUAAACAAAUGUCUCCUGGGGCUUACCACUUCCAAGAACUUCAAACUAAAAGGAUUGUUCCUUGAGUUUUGCAACCAGCGUUACAGACAAAUCAAAUGUUUAGCAUAUUGCGGGUGUAGCGAAAUGCUUGUGUUCCUAGCUCCAACAGUGCAGUAAUAUCUAACAAUACACACUAAUCUAAAAAGUAAAAUAAUGGAAUUAAGAAAUAUUAGGACGAGCAAUGUCUGUGUCAUGCUCAAUGCUUGGGAAUACAUUUACAUAUUAGUCAUUUAGCAGACCAUCUUAUCCAUAAUGACUUCCAGUCAGUGCAUUCAGGAGGUAGGCAAAAUCCACAUGCACUACAUGGCCAAAAGUCGAACACCUCAUUCCAAAAUCAUGGGCAUUAAUAUGGAGUUGGUCCCCCCUUUGCUGCGAUAACAGCCUCCACUCUUCUGGGAAGGCUUUCCACUAGAUGUUGGAGCAUUGCUUCGGGGACUUGCUUCCAUUCAGCCACGAGCAAUAGUGAAAUCGGGCACUGAUGCCUGGCUCGCAGUCGGCAUUCCAAUUCAUCCCAAAGGUGUUUGAUGGGGUUGAGUUCAGGGCUCUGUGCAGGCCAGUCAAGUUCUUCCACACUGAUCUCGACAAACCAUUUCUGUAUGGAUCUUGCUUUUUGCACAGGGGUAUUGUCAUGCUGAAACAGGAAAGGGCCUUCCCCAAACUGUUGCCACAAAGUUGGAAGCACAGAAUCGUCUAGAAUGUCAUUGUAUGCUGUAGCGUUAAGAUUUCCCUUCACUGGAACUAAGGGGCCUAGACCGGACCAUGAAAAACAGCCCCAGACCAUUAUUCCUCCUCCACCAAACUUUACAGUUGGCACUAUGCAUUGGGGCAGGUAGCGUUCUCCUGGCAUCUGCCAAACCCAGAUUCGUCCGUCGGACUGCCAGAUGGUGAAACGUGAUUCACCACUGCAGAGAAUGCGUUUCCACUGCUUCAGAGUCCAAUGGCUGCGAGCUUUACAUCACUCCAGCCGACACUUGGCAUUGCGCAUGGUGAUCUUAGGCUUGUGUGUGUGUGUGGCUGCUCGGCCAUGGAAACCCAUUUCAUGAAGCUCCCGAUGAGCUGUUCUUCUGCUGACGUUACUUCCAGAGGCAGUUUGGAACUCGGUAGUGGGUGUUGCGGACAGAGGACAGACGAUUUUUACGUGCUUCAGCAUUUGGCAGUCCCGUUCUGUGAGCUUGUGUGGCCUACCACUUCAACUGAGACGUUGUUGCUACUAGAUGUUUCCACUUCACAAUAGCAGCACUUACGGUUGACCUGGGCAGUUCUCUAGCAGGGCAGAAAUUUGACAAACUGACUUGUUGGAAAAGUGUCAUCCUAUGACGGCGCUACGUUGAAAGUCACUGAUGUUUUCAGUACAGGGCCAUUCUACUGCCAAUGUUUGUAUAUGGAGAUUGCAUGGCUGUGUGCUUGAUUUUAUACACCUGUCAGCAACGGGUGUGGCUGAAAUAGCCAUAUCCACUAAUUUGAAGGGGUGUCCACAUACCUUUGGCCAUAUAGUGUAUGUUGUUCCUGUCCUAUUUGAGUUCUCUGCACCCCCACAGGUUCUUCCUGUGUUUGGAGACGCUGGUGAGCUGUGGUCUGUCCGGCCCUACGUCCCCUCUGGCGUUUGGGGAGGCAGUCCUGGGGGCGGUGGGGCGCAGCGUGGGGACUCUGGGGAACAAGGAACAGCUUUGGAGGAUGUGGAGCGUGGUGGUCAACCCACUGACUGUUACCAUCACACAGGUAUGAAGUGGACACACUGUAAAUAAAUGGCAUAUAACUGCACUGAAUACGGUGCUUGUUUGUGUUGAGAUGCAAGACCAAUUUCAUCAAGUGGACGCAAUAAACAAACUACUAUUAUGAUUUUUAUUAUCCUGUGCAUUGCACAAAUGCGAUGGAGAUUGGUUUUAAUUAAUAAGGUUUUGCUCCCUCCCUGACACAGAGCAAUGAGGUGAACCAAGGGGAUGCUCUGGAGCACAACUUCAGUGCUGUGCACAAUGCCCUGAUGUUCCCCAUCAUACACCUGCUACCUGGCAAGGCCCUGCCACAGGUGAGUCUCUCAGAGAUUACAUGGAGAUGACAAGGUCAUGCUAUUGGAUUUAUCAAGUUGGCGACUAUGAAUUCAUUCAGUGCUUUGCUCAUUUGGAUCACUAGAGUAGUUAUUUGGGAUGCAGGAGGAUUUGGGGAUAAAUUAUUAUGGGCUGUCCCACUGCAAGGGCGUGUGGUAGCCUAUCGGUUAGAGCAGUGUUUCCCAAACUCUGUCCUCAGGAAUGCAAGUUUAGUUUUUUUUUCCCCCCUAGCACUACACAGCUGAUUCCAAUUAUCAAAGCUUGGUGAUUGUUUGAAUAAGCGGUGUAGUGCUAGGGCAAAAAACAAAACCUGCACCCCUUGGGGUCCUGAGGACCCGCGUUUGGGAAACCCUGGGUUAGACCGUUGGGCCAGUAAGCGAAAGGUUGCUUGUUCCGAGGCCCGAGCCGACAAGGUGAAAAAUCUGUCUGUGCCCUCGAGCAAGGUACUUAACCCUAAUUGCUCCAGGGUCGCUGUUGAUAAUGUCUCUCCCUGGCCAUGACCCCACUCUUCGAGGGUGUCUCGGGGAGAGUUGGGAUUUGCAAAAAAACACAUUUCCAAUAGGACAAAUAUAAGCACCCACUAAAUUAAUUCAGUCAAUGUGGUCAAUCUCAAACACUGAUUUUGCCUCCUCUGUAGAUGACCCAGAAGUCCAUGCUGGGUACGUGGUCCAGGCUGUAUAAGGUGUUUGCCUGCUGCUCUGCCCUGGUGGCCACUGCCGAGGAGAAUGUCUGCUGUGAGGAGCUGUGUGGCAAGAUGGCUGCCCUAUUGGACAGGAAGGCCCUGAGGGUGAGCUUACUCUACCAACACCUAACUGUUAUCUAAUUUACCGGGAUUGAAUAAGAAUAUUAUACUGCUGCACAAUCAUUUUCAUUGUUCAGGUUCAUUGAUCGUAUUAUGAUCUUUUUUCUUCUUCAGGUUCCGUCAACGUUGGAUGCGGUUGCUAACAUCCUCCUGGUCAUCAUUGAGAGUUCUGAUUUCUCUCCCUACACUCCACAGUUUCAACAGAAGAUGAAAUGUAAGAGAUAUAUAAUCUCUCUCUCUCUCAGCAAAAAAAGAAACGUCCUCACUGUCAACUGCGUUUAUUUUCAGCAAACUUAACAUGUGUAAAUAUUUGUAUGAACAUAAUAAGAUUCAACAACUGAGACAUAAACUGAACAAGUUUCACAGACAUGUGACUAACAGAAAUGGAAUAAUGUGUCCCUGAACAAAGGGGGGAUCAAAAUGAAAAGUAACAGUCAGUAUCUGGUGUGGCCACCAGCUGCAUUAAGUACUGCAGGGCAUCUCCUCCUCAUGGACUGCACCAGAUUUGCCAGUUCUUGCUGUGAGAUGUUACCCCACUCUUCCACCAAGGCAUCUGCAAGUUCCCGGACAUUUCUGGGGAGAAUGGCCCUAGCCCUCACCCUCCAAUCCAACCGGUCCCAGACGUGCUCAAUGGGAUUGAGAUCCGGGCUCUUCGCUGGCCAUGGCAGAACACUGACAUUCCUGUCUUGCAGGAAAUCAUGCAUAGAACGAGCAGUAUGGCUGGUGGCAUUGUCAUGCUGGAGGGUCAUGUCAGGAUGAGCCUGCAGGAAGGGUACCACAUGAGGGAGGAGGAUGUCUUCCCUGUAACGCACAGCAUUGAGAUUGCCUGCAAUGACAACAAGCUCAGUCCGAUGAUGCGGUGACACACCGCCCCAGACCAUGACGGACCCUCCACCUCCUCAUCGAUCCCGCUCCAGAGUACAGGCCUCGGUGUAAUGCUCAUUCCUUCGAUGAUAAACGCGAAUCUGACCAUCACCCCUGGUGAGACAAAACCGCGACUCAUCAGUGAAGAGCACUUUUUGCCAGUCCUGUCUGGUCCAGCGACGGUGGGUUUGUGCCCAUAGGCAACGUUGUUGCCGGUGAUGUCUGAUGAGGACCUGCCUUACAACAGGCCUACAAGCCCUCAGUCCAGCCACUCUCAGCCUAUUGCGGACAGUCUGAGCACUGAUGGAGGGAUUGUGCGUUCCUGGUGUAACUCGGGCAGUUGUUGUAGCCAUCCUGUACCUGUCCCGCAGGUGUGAUGUUCGGAUGUACCGAUCCUGUGCAGGUAUUGUUACACGUGGUCUGCCACUGCGAGGUCGAUCAGCUGUUCGUCCUGUCUCCCUGUAGCGCUGUCUUAGGCGUCUCACAGUACGGACGUUGCAGUUUAUUGCCCUGGCCACAUCUGCAGUCCUCAUGCCUCCUUGCAGCAUGCCUAAGGCACGUUCACGCAGAUGAGCAGGGACCCUGGGCAUCUUUCUUUGGUGUUUGUCAGAGUCAGUAGAAAGGCCUCUUUUUAGUGUCCUAAGUUUUCAUAACUGUGACCUUAAUUGCCUACCGUCUGUAAGCUGUUAGUGUCUUAAUGACCGUUCCACAGGUGCAUGUUCAUUAAUUGUUUAUGGUUCAUUGAACAUGCAUGGGAAACCGUGUUUAAACCCUUUACAAUGAAGAUCUGUGAAGUUUAUUUUGAUUUUUACGAAUUAUCUUUGAAAGACAGGGUCCUGAAAAAGGGACAUUUUCUUUGUUUGCUGAGUUUAUGUAGAUAGAUAUCUCAUUAUGCAGACGCUUUUAUCCAAAGACAUCAAUUUUACGCAUGGGUGGCCUUGAUGUAUGCUUCCCUUCCCUUCCAGCUCCCCACACCCCUCUGACCUGGGUGCGUAAGAAGAGCAAAGCUCUUGGGAACCUGUCUAACUUCCAGACCCUGCUGGUCCAGGCCCUGGAGGCCUUUAAUGCUGUUGAGGCUCCUGAGACUGUCCCUGAGGGUACAGGCCUGGCCCUGGUCUCCAUCCUCUCUACCCUUUUCUCUAAUCUGGCCCUGGCUACAGCCAUCCAGGAGACCCUGGCCUCUCUCACACAGCCCCUCGCAGCCCUCUAUGAACAGCCUGGGAGGACUCCAAAUGAGCAGCCGAAAUUCACCUCGAGUCUUGGAGCAAAGGUGUGUUAAAAUGUUAACUAUUUUCUUUCUUUGCCCAAAAGGCUCCUUAACAGCUUAACCUGUGCCCCGCAAAUUGACUCGGUACCGGUACCCCCUGUAUAUAGCCUCGUUAUUUUUACUUUAGUUUAUUUAGUAAAUAUUUUCUUAACUCUCUUUCUUCAACUGCAUUAUUGGUUAAGGGCUUGUAAGUAAGCAUUUCACGGUAAGGUCUACACCUGUUGUAUUCGGCGCAUGUGACAAAUAAAAUUUGAUUUGAAAUGUCUGGGUGGUCGUGUCUCACUCUGUGUGUCCCCUCCCUGUCCUUCCAGCUGGAGAAGCUCCUGGGUGAUGUGUUGGGCUGCCUGCAGACGUGUUCAGCCCUGGCCUAUGAUGAUGAGCUACUGUCCCUGCUGUCCCCCCUGCUCUGUGUCCUGUUCCUCCACCGGCGCAAGCACGUCCGCUCCCUCAUCACACAGUUCUGGAACGCAACCUUCGCUAACGCUUUGGUCCUCGUCUACCCAGAAGAACUCAAGUAAGAAUCUACAUUUAGAAGUUGAAGUAUGAGCCAAAUAAUGUUUUGUUCAUACCCAUUAAAAGUGUUUUAUGCCAGCGGUAGGCUUAAUCUAGGUCUGGACCUAAACCAACGAUCAGGUUUCCAUGUUUCCUCUUGCUUCUUUCUGUUUCCAGGCCAGUGUUGAGUCAGGUAAAGCGGAACACUCCUAUCCUCUUACCUGGCUUUCAGUCUGUUGAAGUUCCAGAUGAGCUCAGUGGACAGUACUCUGUGAGUGUUUUCCCUAUUGAAUAAGUCAAACUUUAGCAGGUUUGAUAUGAAUGGUCUACUAAUCCCUGGAUUAUGUUCUGGGUGUGGGCGCAGAGUGAGAGCUCUCAGCUGGAGACCAAGCUGAGUGGAGUGCAGGUGACUCCUGGGGUGAAGAGAGACUCUCUACUGGCCAGGGCUGGAAAGAUGAAGGACAGGAACUCCAAUACAUCAUCCAAGCCUGUCUCUGUAAGGAUCUCUUUUAUUUAGUUCUCUAUUCUCAGAACCCAAGUCGUUUUUAAAUCGGCAGUUAUCACAAUGCUCAUCUGAACCAGAGCUCACGCUAGGUAGCUUUCAUAUACAGCGAGCUCCAACAGUAUUGGGACAUUGACAAUUUGUUUUGUUGUUUUGGCUCUGUACUCCAGUGCUUUGGAUUCACUUUGUAGUCACUUUUAUUUUAACUAAGAAUAGAAUGUUUCUAAACACUUCUCCAUUAAUUUGGAUGCUACCAGUAUUACGCAUAAUCCUGAAUGAAUCAUGAAUAAUGAUGAGUGAGAAAGUUAGAGGCAUAAAUAUCAUACAAUAAAAGUGACUCCAAAAUGACACACUACAUUAUUUACUAUUCAUUUCUAUUGGGCACAAAAUCUGAAACACAACCAAAACAAACAGCAAAUGCAUCCAAAUUUGUAGAGUCCCAAGCUUGAUGUAGUCAUUGUGUGCUAGGAAUAUGGGACCUAAUACACAAGUGAAUUUGUCCCAAUACUUUUGGUUCCCUAAAAUGGGGGGGACUAUGUAGGAAAAAGUGCUGUAAUUUCUAAAUGGUUCACCCGAUAUGGAUGAAAAUACCCUCAAAUUAAAGUCUGCACAAGUUGUCUCUGACACUAUAGCACAUCAGUGUCCUAUUGGAGCUGACUUCUAUUCUCUCCCCAACAGAUGAAGCUGGACUUUGGCUCUCCCAAGCCGCCUCCUAGAGAGGAACUGGAGGAGCAGGCCUCUAUAGACUUUGUGUUCAUCCCCCCUGAGACCAAGGAGAGAGUCCUCACCGAGCACCAGAAAGAGGUCAAGAGAACCAAAAGGUAAGUUGCAGGCAAAUCAAGUUAUAGAAAUGUUUUUCUUCUCACUGUAUAAUAACAAUGCUUUUGUAUGGGUUUAAUUUGAAAGGGUUGACAUCCCUGCCAUGUACAACAACCUUGAUGCUUCCCUUGAUACCACGGUCUUCACCCAGUACACACAGAGUCAGGAGGAAUCACUGUAAGUACUUGUUGGCUGCUGCCGUUACACUGAAUAACACUAAGCUAUGAAGAAAUACUGCUUCGUGGGGGACCCAGUGUUGAAAACAGGCAUUUCUUUUUCAGGGACAAAUUGCCAGCAGAUGAGCAAGCCAAAGAUGAGGUUAAAGCAGAGGUAAAGAGAAAUUAAUAACAAAAGCUAUUCAUUGUUAUGAAAUGCAUGUUUGGUCUGAAAUGUCCUUAUUUGCCCGAUUUAAUCUCUUUUAAUUUGAAUGAAAACAAAAUGGAUGCCUUCAAAGCCAAGAGGCUUUUUCUUCAAAUGAAAGUGAAAAUCCCCAAAUACAAAUGUCUCCUUCUUUUUAUCACAGGUUCCAGAGGGAGACAUGGAAAUGGGGGAGGACGUUGCUGACGACACCCAGGAAUAUAUCAGUCCAACCAAUGAGACGGCAGAAUCUGCAAAGGAAGACGAGGAGCCUGCUGACGAGGUACUUCCUGAGUCUGCAGACGUUUCCAUGGAGGAUGAUGUCAGCGAAGAUGUUUCAUUGGAGGAAGACUCUGCCAUGGAGACCAGAGAGGGCACCAGCCCUAACGUCUCUGGCGGCUCUGACAUGGUCUCAGGGACGCCUCAGAAAACCAAUAGUCGUCGCCAGUCUUUCAUCACUCUGGAGAAGUAUGCUGAGGGGAAGCCUGCUAGUCCUGCCAGCGUGUUGACGUUUACAGGCCCCCUCACCAGGACAGCUAACAGCCAGAAGCAGGAGGCUUCCUCUCAGGAACCAGCGGCAGAGACCGGCAAGGAGGCUUCCUCUCAGGAACCAGCGGCAGAGACCGGCAAUGAGCAGGAGGCUUCCUCUCAGGAACCAGCGGCAGAGACCGGCCAGGAGCAGGAGGCUUCCUCUCAGGAACCAACGGCAGAGAACGAGCAGGAGGCUUCCUCUCAGGAACCAAUGGCUGAGACCGGUCAGGAGCAGGAGGCUUCCUCUCAGGAACCAGCGGCAGAGACCUGCCAGGAGCAGGAGGCUUCCUCUCAGGAACCAGCGGCAGAGACCUGCCAGGAGCAGGAGGCUUCCUCUCAGGAACCAGCGGCAGAGACCUGCCAGGAGCAGGAGGCUUCCUCUCAGGAACCAGCGGCAGAGACCUGCCAGGAGCAGGAGGCUUCCUCUCAGGAACCAGCGGCAGAGACCGAGCAGGAGGCUUCCUCUGAGGAACCAGCGGCAGAGACCUGCCAGGAGCAGGAGGCUUCCUCUCAGGAACCAGCGGCAGAGACCGAGCAGGAGGCUUCCUCUCAGGAACCAGCGGCAGAGACCUGCCAGGAGCAGGAGGCUUCCUCUCAGGAACCAGCGGCAGAGACCGAGCAGGAGGCUUCCUCUCAGGAACCAGCGGCAGAGGCUGACACAGACCCACAGGACUCGCAGGAGACUGAACAAGCAAGACGUAAAAGCUCCAAGAAUGAGUCUUCCCAAAAAGAGGGAGAGAAACCUGAACCUUCAGAAGACAUAAAGCAAUCUGAGGUUGAGAAACCCACUGAGAAAAAAACAAGUGAAACCACAGAGGACGAGGACAUCAUCCCAGACACCCAGACUCCGGUGGAAAUACUGAAGGAAGUUCCUGCAGUUGAAGAAGUAGUAGUAAUGGAAAACUACAGUCAGGAAGAAGAGGAAUCUCAAGGUCUUCUGGAAGGUUCUCCCAGUUCCCAGGCCGCUCUGAGCCAAGGUGAACCAAGGCGGUCCGGACGGCGGAGGAGCAGGCCAUUGAGACCAGGAGAAGAUGCAGAGGAAUGGGAAGAGAAAGACAAACGGAGGAAGAAGUCUCAACCCGAAGAGGAGGCGAAGAGUCAAACUGAUUCACCAAAGACUGCGCCCUCUCCUGCCAGUCAAGCAGAUGGUCAGUCGCAAGGUAGAACAAGCAGGAGAAGUAAGCUGGCUGUUGAGGUGGAGGACCGUGGAAAAGACAAGCUGAGAAAGAGAAGUCACAAGGAGGAGAGCGAGUCGAGCAAAUCAAAUUCACUGGUGGCCAUUCCUUCACCUGCUGCUGAUGUCAACAGCCAAUCACAGGGUAGCAGGGUAUCAAGUAGGAGGAGCAACAAAUUGGUCAGCAAAUCAGAGGAUCUGGUCAAAGACAAACAAAAGAGAGUCGUUGCAGAGGAGGAGCUCAGUCAAAGUGACUCUCAAACGGACACCCCCUCUGCCUCUGAUAAUGAUAGCCAAUCACAGAGUAGACGUAGUCAGAGGAGUAAGGUGGAAGUGGAGAAUGAUUGCAGGCAGAAACGAAGGAAUAUUAGGGCUCAGAAGGUGGAGGGGAAGACGAGCCAAAUGGAUUCACAUGUAGCCACACCAUCUCAACAAGAGAGCCAGUCACAGGGUAGAGCAAGCAGGAGGAGCAAGGUGCCCAUUGAAGUGGCUGAGUCUGAGGACAAAAUACGUCUAAAUUUGGCCACUGAUUCCGCAGCAACACCAGAGAUGAGCCAGACUCAUUCUCAGGUCGCUCCUUCUGCCACCAGUCCAACAGACCGCCAGCUGAGGGCCAGGGGCAGAACCAGUAAGAGAAGCAAGAUGUUAGAGGAGCAGGUAAAAGCCAGAAGCAGCCCUAGCCCAACUCCUAACAUGGAGACUGAGAACUCACAGAUGGCAAAUACAGAAUCCUCCCAAGGAAGUGGAAGGACUUCAAGGCGUAGAGCCUCCCAGGCUUUACUAGGCUCCAACGUGGAGAACUCUGAGUCGGAUGCUUCAGAGACCCGGGAGGAUGUCCAGAAAGGCAGGAAGCCCACAUCACCUGGAGCUCUUCCAAGGCUGCUGGCUACAGUUGAAUCAGCAGAGCCAGGGGCUGACCAAGAGAUCCCAAUGGAUAGUUCUGCAACUUCAAGUGAGACCUUAGAAGUCAAGAUUCCACAGGAUGUGGAGGAAACCCAUAAAACUGAAGUGGUAGUUCCAAGACUUCCUCUGAUAACUAAGAAAGAUAUGGGGCAGAGGGAGACUGACACUGACAUGGUAGAUAUGGAGGGUGAUGUGGUUGAGGCAGUUGACCCCGUUGUGCCAGAGAAGUCUGAGAGUGAGAAUACUAAGCUUUCUUCUCAACAGACGGACUCUUCAGUAGAACCUGAUCUAGAACAUAUGAAGAGCCAGCAUGUGUGUAUGUCCCGACGGAAGAAGGAACAUGGACAUAAACAUUCAAAAAACAUCGAGAAUUUCAACACCGUCUCCUCUCAGGAGAGUAACCAUGGUGACCUAGAGUGUGAUGGGCCAACACAGCUCCAAAGUAAGUUGCUCACUGACUCUGAGCAGGCCAACUCUCCCACGCCUUCCGCUGAAGGAAAUGCCAUCUCUGAAGAUGGACUAAACAAACUAUGUACCCCUCCCAUUGCCAAUGGACUCCCCACAGAUACUUCACCUACUGAGGCAACAGAGGAGAAACUGUGCCCGAGUCUUCAGGUCUCUGAGUCCUCAGAGAAGGUUUUCGAUGGGCCUAAGCCUGUGGCUGUCUCCAAUGAGGUGACAGAUGAGCAGAUGGGAGAAGACGAGAACAGACAUCCAGAUUCUACUGCCAAUGUUCUAGAGGAGGACCAACUGGAAGAUGUUGGCAUGUCUAUUGGGCAAGCCCAGCCAGAGUGUUCCAAAGCCUUAGAUGAGGAGCACCGGGAGGAGCAGUACACAUCUAUCAAAGGACAGCCAGAGUCUUACAGCACCUCUACUAGAACCAGAGAAACCCACACUGAGCCUCAGGCGGACAACGUUCAAGAUAUCGUGCCUCUCCAAGAGAGGACAAAAACAGACAAUGUCUCUGGCCUCGAGGGUGAAGAAACCCAGAUGGACCAUAAUGACCUAGAUCGAUGUCCUCUAAACUCUUUUACCCCUGUGACCUCUGACCCUCACGAAUCCCCAGUGCCUCUACAUGACCCAAGUACCUCUAAAGAGACGUUGUGCCAAGACUCCCCACCCAUGCAGAAGGAUGCUGUGCUGGGGCUGGAGGUGGGCCAUAGCCCCAGUAGUGGCAGGACCAGGGGGUUGUGGUCCCCCUCAGCUUCCCCCUCCACCUCUAUCCUGAAGCAGGGACAGAAAAGAACAAUAGAAGAGGAGAGUCCUUCGCCUUUCACGAAGGUAACGUGAUCAGGGGUACUUAAUCCAUGACGAUUUACACAUCAUAAAUCAUUUAUGCAUAUGUUCUAAUUAUCUGCAUUCAACUCAGUCAGUAUAAAUUGAAAAUUACAUACUUUCUAUUGAAGAGAAUCCUUGAGAUGUAUCUAGGAUGGCAUUAGCAGGUUUUGAAAACAGUGUCUUAAAUGAUUCCAUACUUUUUAUUUCGCAGUCUCGACGAGUAUCAUUUGCUGACCCAAUCCAACACCAGGAGCUGGCAGAUGACAUUGACCGUCGCAGCCCUGUCAUCCGAUCCAGCUCCCCAAGAACCAAAGCUACCAGCAGCAUCCCUCAGCCGAAGGUACACGGUCCACUAGUGAUGUGUAGUAAAUGUCAUUUUAAAUACUCUGCACUAAAUCAUUAAAGACACGAUUUAGUUAAGAUGAGCGUGUGUAACUUUGACUUUUGCGUAGAUCAUUAAUUGACAUCAAUGGGAGACUGAGUUAAUCAUGCAGAAAUCAAGUUAUGUGGCCACAGAUUAACUGAAUUUUGCUUCUUUUUUGAGACGCUGUCUCUUCCAAUUUGACCCUUUUCCUGUAUUAGCCUAACCGCUGCUCUAUAUUGCAGCAUAUCACAACACCAACAAAGGGCUUACUGAUCCUCAGUCCACGCAAUCUCCGCAGCCCGGGGUACAAGAGCUCCAAGAAAUGCCUGGUAUGUACCUCCAGAUACACAGGAAGUACCCAAGUUAUUUUCAGACAAGAUCAUACAUGCAACAUUGUUCCAAUCCUAAAUUCAAACCUUUUCAAAAAACCUAAUGGAUUAGAUUAUAAAAACCUUAUCCACAAGGACAUUAAUUUUGCAGCAUGCAUACAUUCAGUGUGUGUAUAUAUAGACAAAACACCCAAUAUAGCCUACAUACAAGAACACAUUGCAUUUUUAAAAAUUGGUUUACUGCCCAAAAUAGUCUGAUUGUUGUGCAUGUGCCCGAGUCCCAUUCCUACUUAGCUUCUAACUUGAUUUAAUGUUGUUUCAGAUCUCUGAGAUGGGCCAGGAGCCGAGGCCCAUACCUAAGGACUGUGUGUACCCGGCCCUGGUCCGCUGUUCUACCCCCGUGGAAGCAGUGCUGCCUCAGAUCACCUCCAACGUGUGGUGAGUGUAACCGAGAGAACUCGGGUCCAAGAAAUGAGCAACAGCUUGUACAAUAAAUAAAGUUUAAUACAAUGUGAGUUGCAACAAGGGAACAACAAUCCAACACAUCGAUCCCCAUACAACUGUAGCAGAUAUCCAAAGCUUUAGAGCUUGUCCAUCCUAUUUCACCACAAACAUGUCUUUUUUAAUUAAAUGGGCAAUCAGCAGUUGCUACAUACAUUUUUGGACUUUUACAUUUUAUAUGUCCCCAAUGAUUAUUGAAGAAUAUAACCUAUAAAUGCCUCAUGAGCUUAGGUCAACUGUCGUACCCCAUCAGAACCCAAAAUAUAAGAUUGUUUUACUCCUGUGUUUGUAGACAAAGUAAAUGUAAACAAACACUAUAUAGCCUCAAAACAUGGUUAAACUAUCAUGUUGAUAUCAUGGAUGGUCAGUCCUUGCAUCCAUAGCUCGAUGAAUUUGCGUGUUACAUUUCUUCAGUCCCAUCCCUCCGCUAUUUACCGAAACAACAGGGGCGGGGAUACGUUUUGCUAUUGUUUCUACUGCUGAUAGCUGCCUUAAAUGAUUCUGUCAUUAUUUCUCCUCUUUCCUCAGGCCUCGUGGCUUCGGCCAGCUUGUGCGAGCCCGGAAUAUCAAAACUGUCGGAGACCUCAGUGCUCUUACACCAAGUGAAAUCAAGAACCUUCCCAUUCGUUCCCCAAAGAUUUCUAAUGUGAAGAAAGCACUUAAAAUGUACCAUGAACAGCAGGUAUUUUGCCCGAACUUGACUUGAAACCUGUGACUUUCUACUACCUUCUGAAAAUGCAACUUGAAGGACUGCAAAUGAGAUCUACACUUUAGAAUAUAGCUAAGAGAUAUUUGUCUUAAACAGUUAAUGAUAAUUGUCAUACAUGGUUAAUAGUUGUAGAUAAAAACCACCUGAACUGUGCCGAUCUAUUUGGUCUGUAAUUGACCGUUUUACCUUGUCACUGCUUCAGUGGAAGGGCCGUAGUGAUGAGCUGAAGAGUUUUGAGGAGAUGGAGAAGAUGACAUCUGAGCUGGAGGAGCCAACCGUUCCUCAGAACCAGGAAGAGGAGGACAAGACUCCAGGAGAUGCCCUAGGUGAGUUCAAUAAACCUGUAUGGUCCCCAAAGUCGAAGGGCAAUUUGUGCAGUACAGGAUAGGCUUAUCCAAAAAUUGUUUGCUAACUUGUAACUCUUAGGUUACUUACCACAAAUACAUUUUUUGAUAUUUUUUUUAACUGUAUUUCUAAGUCAGCUCACUGGUGAACAGAACAACUCAAUAUAUCAUACAUGCAUGAUGUUCCUUCCUGUCCCUUCUGUAGUCACAGAGUUGUUGGAUGAGCCCGUGUCCAAGGAGCAUGAGGAACAUCCAGAGGAGAGACCGGACCAGAGCAGGCCUGACCACCAGAGGACUGCUGAGGGGGGUCUGCUGUCGGAGGUGAAGUCCCUGGAGGCCCAUCUGACUGGGGAGGGAUUGAGCCACUGCUCCCCUGACCAACUGGUUCAGAUCCAUGAUCAGCUGGGAGGCAUGAUGAGGACUGUGGUGGUGGAGCUGCAGAGCAGACUACUGGCUCAGAACAAGGACAGCGGACCCUGAUCCAAACACUAUACAGUCCCAGGGUUUGGAUUACAUAUCUUCGGAAUGCCCAAAUUGAAGUCUCUUGAAGGUGCCAAUUGGGGGUGCCUAUUGACAAUUGUGGGGGGCGGCACAAUGGUGUUUGAAUUCUUACAGAGAUCUUGAUUUGUUUAUAUGGGUGCUCAGUCCACCCAGCCCCCGUGGACUUCGAACCUGAACACCCCAGACAAGGUUUCCCCUCUCACACCCCGACUCUUAAGAAUUUUAUUUUUUAAAGAGUUAAUCAAGGACUACACUACAAGUCCACCAGGAUCUGUUUGGAUUGUGUUUUUAAACUCCUGUUCUCUUUGGCCUUUUUCAUUGUCCUCUUUGAUGGUGAGGGAGAUGUUUUAUAAAUUAUUGUUAACUUUUCAGGCUAAAAAAGUAGUCGUAGUGGUGGUGAUUCCGGUUGUCAUGGCAACAGGGUGAAAGCGAAGCAUGGUCUCUGGUUGGCUGUACCAAGACUUUGCCAAGAAGUGAUAUUUUAACAAAUUCUGGCCAGGAGGAUGGCACCUUUUACAUUGUGUGCUUAAAUAAAGGAUUGAAAGACGGAGGCUGUAU